UAAAUGCCGCUCGUAAGUAGCGUAAUCCCAGCUAAUCUGGGAUGCAGUUUCACUCUGCACUGUGGACACAACCUUAGACUGGGGAGCGCUGGGAAUAUGGAGAUACAAAAUGUUGGUCUGAGUAUGCUGUUUGUCUGGUGAAGGAUGUUCCUGCUGCUCCUCGCUCACAUAUUGCAGUCUCCUCUGUUGGCGGUCCAGUCCUGUCCGGCUCUAUGUGCCUGCACGUAUGGGAACAUUGGAGCAGCAGAGCUCAGGUUGGUGCAGUGCAGUGACCCUGGAAUCUCAGCUGUUCCUGUUAACAUCCCGGCUGAUACAGUCAAACUACGUCUAGAGAAGACCUUCAUCUCCAAGGUGCCCCGGGCAGCCUUCUACAACCUGUCAGAGCUGCGUUUUUUGUGGCUGACCUACAACUCCAUCACAUCCAUCCACCCCAGCAGCUUCGUCAACCUGAAGGCCCUGCGAGAGCUGCGUCUGGAUGGAAACCUCUUGUCAACCUUCCCCUGGGAGGGGCUCAGGGACAUGCCCCUCCUUCAGACUCUGGGUCUCCACAACAACCGUCUGUCCAGCCUUCCUGCCCACGCUGCUGUCUUUCUUCCGAAUAUCACCUACCUGGACCUGUCCAGCAACAGGCUGACUUUAUUGCCUGGUGAGCUGCUGGACCUUUGGUUUCCGUUGCCAGGACAACUGGAAUCACCAGUAAAGAGAAUCAUUUUAGGCCUCCAUGACAACCCCUGGUUGUGUGACUGCCAGAUCUCCAUGGUGAUGUCACUGUCCAUGUCGCUGGGGAGUCCUGUAGUUCUCAUGGACCAGCUGCUGAUAUGCCACAGGUCUCUGGAUCAGACUGGGAUUCUGAUGACCCAGGCUGAUCUGUCCCUCUGUAUGAGGCCUUCAGUCCAGCCUGCAGCCACCAGAGUCAUCUCUCCACUGGGCAGCAACGUAAUCCUCCGCUGUGAUGCCACCGGGUACCCAACACCCACCCUGAUAUGGAUCAAAACCACAGCCUACACUGAUUGUUGCAGACAAGAAAUCCCUGAGGACUCUGACCAGCUACCCAGGAAUUUGGAAAGUUUUAUGCAGGAAUCUCCUCGAGUUGGAGUUCGCUGGUCCAUAAUCACCCUGAACGGGCUAUCGUACAAGGAUGCUGGUGAGUAUCGUUGCCAGGCACGGAACAUGGCAGGAAUAUCUGAAGCCCCAAUUAAACUGAAGGUGGUGGGAGUCUCAACACUAUCUCGUCUUAUAAAAAAGAAGAAGAAGAAGAAGAAGAAGAAGAAGAAAAAGUCCCGAAAGAUUUCAACCAACUCAUUAUUAAAUAUUGGAAAGACAAACAAGAAUCCGGUUCAAACCAACGCCCCAUCGGGGAAGGAGAAUCAGAUACUCCAAAACAUUACGGCCCCUUCCAUUAACAAGACCCGGAUGGUGCCUACUCUUUCGCCCAAAGUGUAUAAAUACAUUAAAAGGCGCAAAAUUAACUUAACAGAUGCAAAGACCUCCAAGUCUCCAAAUGAGCCCCCGAAGAACUCUACAACUGUUCUGUUGUCAAAAAUACUUGUGUGAGAUACACUGAAGGAGGCCUUGGUCUGUUACUUGGUUGACUUUAAAGGUGGAGUGGAAGGGAAAACUAAUAAAGCCUAAUUUUUAUUGAA